UUUUUUAUUAGUGUUUAAAGAUAAUUUACAAUUAGAAGAUCUCUCCAUUGUCCGAACCCUGAAGUCAAAUUAAAAUAAUCAAUUGUCAUCACUCAUUAGUAAUCGUGCAUCAUGGGACGCAAGAAAAUUAAUAUAUCCAAAAUCCAAGACGAACAUAAAAGCCAUGUGUCGUUUAAAAAACGUAAAUUUAGUUUGAUGAAGAAAGCUUACGAGUUGAGUGUGUUAUGUGAUUGUGAAGUAGCUAUCAUUAUUUUUGAUAAGUUUGACAAAUUGUACCAGUAUGCUAGUACAGACAUGGAUCAAGUAUUACUUAAAUAUACUGAAUGUAAUGAACCAUACGAAUCAUUGACAAACAAAAAUGUUAUUGCUAAAUUAAACAAGACUCAGCCUAAACAAUUUCAAGUAAUUAACACUCCUAGUAGAAUUGCAAUUAACCACAAUAAUAUUUCUGAUGAAGAAUUUAGAAUACUUAUGACACAUGGGACGAGAAUAAUGGAUGUUGAAGAUAGUAAUAGUCUUGAAUAUAAAUUUAUUCCUAGCAUUUAUGAAAACAAACAUCCAGAAGCUAUAAAGAAAAUCCGAGAGAAUAAUUCUGUUGAAAAUACUAAACGAGAUAAUUCCAGUGACUCAGACACGAGUGAUGACAAGUUAAUAAUUGACAGUGGUGCUGACGAUGAUUUUGAAGAAAUAGAUGAAGUUUUUGACAAUAAUGUAAAAAAAUAUAUUACUACAAUCACUUUAAAACAUCAAGUUUUGCCAAAUAACCUAACAACUGAUAAAAAAAUUAAAAUCGAAAAAAAUGAUGAAGAAGAUGAUGUUUUAUUAAUUGAAUAUGAUACUAAUAUAUCCGAAAAAAUAAAAAGCAAUACAAAUCCACAAACAUCAGAUGCUCUAAAAACAUUAAUAACUCCAAAUACUCACUCAACUGAUAAAAAAAUUAAAAUCGAAAAAAAUGAUGAAGAAGAUGAUGUUUUAUUAAUUGAAUAUGAUACUAAUAUAUCCGAAAAAAUAAAAAGCAUUACAAAUCCACAAACAUCAGAUGCUCUAAAACCACUAAUAAUUCCAAAUACUCACUCAACUGAUAAAAAAAUUAAAAUCGAAAAAAAUGAUGAAGAAGAUGAUGUUUUAUUAAUUGAAUAUGAUACUAAUAUAUCCGAAAAAAUAAAAAGCAUUACAAAUCCACAAACAUCAGAUGCUCUAAAACCACUAAUAAUUCCAAAUACUCACUCAACUGAUAAAAAAAUUAAAAUCGAAAAAAAUGAUGAAGAAGAUGAUGUUUUAUUAAUUGAAUAUGAUACUAAUAUAUCCGAAAAAAUAAAAAGCAAUACAAAUCCACAAACAUCAGAUGCUCUAAAAACAUUAAUAAUUCCAAAUACUCACUCAAGUUUGGAUGUUAUUCAAAAUAAAUCUCCUAAAAGUCUUUCUAAAAAUAUUGUAAGAAAGUACCGUCCUUAUAAUAUUUUACAGUUAUCUAAGAAAAUGAUUUAAGUUUCACCAGAGAAGUUUUUGGAAAUUCAAAGUACCAUAUCACAAAAUACAUAUACCUUAAAGCAGGAACCAAGUGCUUAUCCAGGAUUUAAACGUGUUAUAGUUAAAAAAGACUUGUUGACGACUUCUGGUAUUAAAAUCAAUAUUGCACAAGCGCUACAAAGUAGUAAUACAAAUGAUUUAAAAUUACAUAAAAAUUUUAAAUUUAUACGUUCCAAAACCCAUUGCUUUUAUUUUUUACAUUUUUUUUUUUUUUUUUUAGGUGAAUUUUUGUAAUUAUUAUUGGUAAUCAUUUAUAUUUAAGUCUAUACAUAAUAUAAUGCAAUUUAAAAAUGUAGUCAUUUGAAUUUUUUUUCAAAUUUCCU